AGGUCGAAAAGAAUUGAACAUUGCCUGGCUCGUGCACCUCGAGCUCGAGCGGGAGCGGCAACCGGAGGCGGAGGAGCGCCGUCAGGGUCAAAGUGCGGGGCCAGCGCGAGUGGGCUGAGCGUGCGGCUGAACCAACACCCGAAGAGCGAGAUGAGGUUGGCCAAACGCUCCAUCCAAUCAUCACCUCCCUCGCUGCUUGGCUACCGGCCUGUCUCUUCCUUCCUCCGGUACCACUCUCACCCCCGAGUGCACCCCGUCACCACGGCGAGCGUGGUAGUCCCGCAGCUUGCCUUGAACUUGUGAUGUAGACAAAGGAAAGGCAGGCAGUCGAGUCAGCGAUGCUUGGAGGGAGUGCUCAGCAGGGUGGGAAUGGAUAAUCUCGAAGCACAAGAUAUCGUCGUCCUUCCACUCGUCGAAUCAGAGCGGCCACCACAAGGCCCAACCCCGCGAAACCAAGGGCAAGUCUACUCAAAGUCGAACCAUCGAUUCUAUAUGCUCUUGCUCAGCUCCUCAGCCACGGCUCCGGUACCUUCACCAGCGCUCGUUGCUGCUCUCAUGAACCGUGCAGGCGAGAUGUCCAUCACACCUUCGCCAAGCAGCGGAUCACCUCAGGACGGACAACACCUCUCAAGGAAGGCACGGUACGCGACGCGUCCUCACCAAACAAGAUGUCACGUCAGCUUCAUCACUUUAGGUCGAGCAGCGCAACCCUCGCAAUGCCAGCCUUCGCCUCACCCUAACAGGCCAGCCUUGCGAAUGUCCAUUGAGCGAGAGGUCGCUCAAUCGCUCGCUCGCGCACGCAGCUGCGUCUUUCCAGCUGGACUGCGCGCGAGGCGGAGAAGGCAUUGGCUCCACGUUGGCCUCAGUAUCGCCGUUACUCGCUCGCAGUUGAUCGAACCAUUGCACCUACGAUGAGAGAGCAUCGUUAGGAGGAAGCAAUGAUACGGUCAUUGGAGACGGCUACUUCAAAGUCGAGAUAGAUCUUGACACCAAGAAGAAACGGCCGAAGAAGAGAUCUACUUCAUCAAGAUCCCGCGAUCCGGCGUACACCAAGGGAUGGCAUCGAG